UAUAUGUGGUGGUACUUUUAAAGAACACAAAUCAAAUGCUGUUUUUGAAAGUGUGUUGCCUGGAAGUUUUGAUAAAAGAAAAACUUUAACAACUAAUGAGGGUCCAAGAAUUAAAAGUUAUCCAACCAAUGCUUAUGGAAAAAUAGAAUUUCAAAUGGAUGGACUUGGUCUUCUAAAACCUGCUAAAUACAUCAGGUUGUCAGAUGAUAAUUGUUUGGAAUCUUUGGUGACUUUAAUGCAAGAUUAUUGGAAAAUGAAUGAACCAAAGCCUCCUCAAUUUAUUGUAUCAGUUAUUGGAAAUACAGCAUCUUUUGUUGACGAUCAAGAAUGGAAAGAAUCAUUUGGUGAUACUUUAGUAAAAGCCUUAUGGACUGGUAAUGCAUGGUUGUUGACAGGAGGACUGAAUUAUGGAUUAGUGAAAGUAGUUGGGGACGCUGUAAGAAAAAGACAAUAUUUACUCUCAACUAAAGAUCGAAUGAUUCAUGGUAUUCGAUGCAUCGGUGUCACGAAAUGGGGAUGCGUGGAAAAUAGUGAUUUGCUUAUUAACACUGAAGCAAAAGAAAUGCAUUAUUCAAGAUACAAAGUAAAGCCACAUCAAAAAUUAGAAAGUGGUCGAGCUUAUUUAAAUCCGGGACAUACACAUUUUUUAUUAGUUGAUGAUGGUACAAAAAGAAUAUGCAAAGGAACUGAAGUUUUUCGUGUCGAACUCAUGCAUAAGAUUUCAUCGACCAAAGAAGAGGAAGGUUUAGCUAUUCCAGCCAUUCUUCUUGUUCUUGGAGGAGAUUUAGACACAAUUGACGAAAUAUUGUUAUGUCUUCAAAAAGAUAUUCCAAUACUUUUGUGUUGUGGAUCUGGUGAUAUAGCAGAUAUUAUUGCAAUAGCAAUUUCUGGAUGCAAUAUAGCGAGCUCAAAGUGUGAAAGAAUGAUUGCCGAGGAAGAUAAAGAUUUAAUAAGAAACUUACUAAAUUCCUACUCAAAGAAAUCUAAAAUUAGUGCGGCUGCAUUAGAUGCCAAAGUUAAAGAUAUUUAUAAAUGUUGCAAGAAGAAAAAUUUAUUUCAUAUCUUUGAGAUAAAUGGAAAUGAGAGCUUAGAUUUGCACAUUCUUUCAACUGUGAUAAAACAUAAAAAAGGUGCUUCGCUUCGAGAUCAGCUGUUACUCGCCGUUAAUUGGAACAGACCUGAUGUGGCAAAAAAGUUAUUUCCUGAUUGUGGUUCUUGGCCAUUGGACAUCAUUGAAGAUGCCAUGACAGCAGCUCUUAUCACAAACAAGCCUGCCUUUGUUCGAUUGCUUUUGAAACGUGGCAUUGUCAUGCGAGAUUAUUUAACAGUUGGAUUGUUGAGAACACUUUAUAACGAAUGCAUAUCUGAAAAUGAAGCUGCGCUAGUUGUCUUAAAAGACUUGACUCAUAAAGACAGGUAUUUUAAUCUCAGAGACAUAUCAAAUUUUCUGGGUUUUUUAAUGAGAAAACACCGGCAUGAUGUCUAUCAAAGAGAUAUUACUUGUAAAAGAGGUAUUGAAUCAACAGGAAUAUCCGGAGAGCAUUUUGAACAGCCUUUUAGAGAACUAUUUAUUUGGUCGAUCAUUGUUCUCAGGACGGAAAUGGCAUUGUUUUUCUGGACGGAAACCCAAAAACCAUUACAAAUGUCUGUAGUAGCCACUGCACUGUAUUGGAGGUUAAAUGUGUCAUAUGAAAACGAGGAAAAAUCAAUUUAUGUAGAUAAAAAAAAGGAAUUCGAAAAGAUUGCAACAGGUGUUCUCGAAGAAUGUGACAAAAUGGACUGGAAAAAAACCUCUGAAAUUUUGAACUUUCGGGAUGGCUAUUGGGGAAAUAUGACAUUAUUGGAUCUCGCAAUUUUGGGAUAUGACAGGGGGUUUAUGUCUUCAGAAACCUGCAUAAAGCUUACAGAACAAUUGUGGUUUGGAAAACUUGAAAGCAAUACAGUUCUCAGGCUUAGCCUUACUAUCUUCAAUCCUUUACUCAUCGGCUUAGGAUACCUCAGAUACAGACAUGAUCCUGAUGCAGAAAGGGAGCCAAAUAUUUUUGAAAAAAUUUACUUUUUUUAUUCUUGCCCGGCUAUUAAAAUGAUGGUGCUUUUUUACUCCUAUUUGUGCUAUCUUUUCCUAUUUUCAUAUGUGAUACUUUUUGACUUUCGAGAUGUUGUAAACUGGCCAGAAAUUAUUCUUCAUGUUUGGGCAUUCAGUUUGAUUCUGGACAUUGGAAAAGAAAUUGUUCAGCAACCAAGUGAUCCAAAAGAUAAUAAGCUAAUGGAAUGGUUACACGGCUAUUUUUGGAAUAAAUUAGACGUAGUUUGGGUGAUUUUCUUCUUUGUUGGUGUUUCUUUAAGAGCUCUAUCCCAAUUUAUAUACAUUUCUAAUUGGAUAAGAUUAGACGAUAUUCAUCUUAUCUACACAUUUAGCUGCAUUCUUAGCUAUAUACGACUAUAUGAAUUUUACAUGACCAUGUCACACAUUGGGCCAAAACUUAUAGUUUUAAAGAGAAUGAUUGGCGACCUGAUCGUAUUUUUUCUUAUUGUUGCUGUUUGUAUUUUGUGCUAUGGAAUUGGCCGUGUAGCACUUUUACACCGUGAACGUCAACCAUUUUGGAAUGUUAUUACAGAGAUUUUUUCACUUCCUUAUUGGCAUCUAUUUGGAGAAUUAGAUUUAGAUGAAGACUCGGCAGGCCGAUUUCCUACCUGUGAUGAAGACCCCUCAACUUGUCACCAAAGUCCUCAUGCUUGGAUAGUUCCUAUUAUGCUCGCUGCAUAUAUGCUCAUUGGCAAUAUCUUGCUGGUUAAUAUGUUAAUCGCUGUAUUUACACAUGUGUUUGAUGAAGUGAAUACAAAUUCAAGAGAAAUAUAUUUAUUUGAAGUUUAUGUAUCCGGACUUCAAUUUUCCCGAAGAUCAACACUCCCACCACCUUUUCUGAUAAUUGAAGAUUUACUCUGUGGAACAUAUUACAUAUGUUUAAAGAUAUAUAGAAAAAUAUAUUUAAAGUGUUGUUGCUGCCUUCAUGUCAUGAAUGAAAAAUGUCAAAUGCAAAGACGCUUAAGACGAGUAUAUGUUGGAAACUUGAGAUUAUUUGAAAAAGAGGCUCGUGCAAAAUAUCUCAAAAAAAUCGGAAAUCCUGAUGAGGUUGCCUUGGAAGCUGCAAAAAUUGAUCAAAGAAUAACCUAUUUAAGAGAUUUGGUGAAGAAAAUGCACCAGCUACAAAAUGGAAAAACUCCAAAACGUAGCUCUAAAUCCGGUAGGAUCUUAAAAUCAAAAGAGUUUUUGACACCCAAAUUUAAGGUUCAAAAUUUUUCCAAUCAAGAUGAAAAAACCAACGAAGAUGAUGAAGAAACUGCAUCACAGUUGGACAUUGAUGAAUUUGUUCUACAAUGGUCUACAAUUAAAAGAUGCGCAUCUGAGCAACAAUUAGCAAAAUCUUGGGCUGAUGCAGAUAGUAAACUAAACCAAAUUGAAAAUUUUUUAACAUACCUUGUGACUAAAGUUGAAAACAUUGACCAAACUGUCACGAAAAUGGCUCAAAGUGGUGUUUCUAUUUCAAAUUAAAUUCUUCCUUUGUGGGAUCAAAAGUCGUAACCUAAUUUGCUAUGCUACCUAAAUUUCCAAACAUAUUAAAGAAAAUUCAUUAUAAUUUAUAUGUAUAUGAUAUGAAUAUUCUUUUUUUUUCAAUUUAACAGUUAUAUUUAAGAAGCGACCUUAAUUUUGCAAUUUACAAAAUAGUAUAAAAUAGAAAUCCAACGUUGUACAGUUUACCGAGCAUGAUAGAAAAAUAUUUCUCAAUUUUAUGAUUUACCAGGCAUGAUAAAAUAAAUUGUCCUUAUUUUAUAGUUUACCGAUUAUGAUAAAUAAAAACGUCCUUUAUAAUUGUUGUUGCCCUUUAUUGUUAUACUGUUAUUGUAUGAUUAAAUAAGAAACGCUUAAUUUCAUAGUUCACCGAGUAUGAUAAGAAAGUCUUCAAUUUUAUAGUUUACCGAGCAUGAUAAAAGUAUCCCUAAUUAUAGAUUACUGAGCAUAAUAAAAAAGCCCACACUUAUAGUUUACCAUGUAUGAUAGAAAAGUCCUCAAUGAAAACUAAAUAGUUUACGGAGUAUAGAAAAUUAGAAAGGCCUAAAUUUUAUAGUUUAUUGAGUAUGAUAAAAAAUAGUCCUAAUUUAAUUGUUUACAAAGUAUCCCAACUUUUAUAGUUAAACAAGCAUGAUAAGAAAAGUCCUCAAUUCAAAAAUUUACCGAGUAUGAAAAAAAUAAUUUAUAGUUUACUGAGCAUGAGAAAGUAAAAAUUUCGUAAUUUAUAGUUGGUAAUUAUAAAAAAAAGCUAAAAAGUUUUUUUUAUCAAACUAUAUUAAGAGUUUGGCACAAUAUAAUGUAAGGACCCGAAUUUUAAUUGUUCAAAAAAAGUUGUCUUCAGACAAUAGGCUGUUUCUAUAUAUUUAGUUGAUUCAUGUCAGUUAGAAAACACUCAGCAAUAUUAUAAGGUACUUAGAAGGAAACAAUGCUAAGAACUGAUUUUUUUUAUAAUUUUUUAAUUAAUAAAGCGAAUUAAAUUUAUAUUAUUGCAAAAAUAUUGUCCCAUCUAUGAGCUUCAGCCCUUUAUAUGUAAUGUAUUAUUAUCUAUUUGAAGCAACAAAAAAAGAAAGAAAUUUAAAGCUUUUUACUGACUAUUACAAUAUUUAAAUACUUCAAAAGAAAAAAAAUUCACUUUCUUGAAUAUACCUUCUGUAAUUUCUGAUAAAAUUUAUAUGGUCGUUCAAAAAGAACUGAAAAAGGCAUUUAACAAUAUGCAUGUAUCAUUUUCAAUUUUUUAAUAAUGCUCAAUAAUUUAGGAGAACGCAUUACGGGUUUUGAUCCAAUGAUUUUAAAUAUUUGAUAAAAAUUGUUUUUCGAAUUGUAAAUAAUUCUUAAAAUUUAUUCAUAUUUUCAUAGUUUUUUACAUAUGAUUCAUAGCUUUUGCAGAGAAUUCAACAUUCAUCGUGUAUUCUUUGAUUCCAUAUUUGUCAUACGAUUCAAAUAAAAAAUCAUUUCGCUUUAA